ACACUUUUAAAUCUUAUUAUCAUACAACGUCUUCCAUUCUCCUGCGUAGAAUGGCCAGAGUCUCAUGCUUUCGUUAAAGCACUGAAUCGAGAAUCGCCCUCGUUUAUUCCUAUUUAUGAUUCAAUAAUGACAGAGUGGAUUGCUGAACACUUCAUCCAAAGCCGGGAUACUAUGCGAAAAGUACUUCAAUCGGCAAAGACGAACAUCCAUCUUACUGUUGACAUUUGGACUUCUCCAAGUCAUUCCCUCCUUCUUGAAAUAUGUGCCAGCUUUGCCGAUAUCCAGGAUAAAUAUCAGAACCCUCUGAUUGUCCUUCGUAUA